UACACAUUGCAAAGACUAUCAUUUUUGUUUUUAGGAUUUUAGCUCACCCUAUUUUAGAGCUAUUAUGGUAAAAUCCAUUACCGUGUUGCGCGGGAGCAGGACAAGUUGUGUAGGCUGCUUAGCUAGCUACGAAUAUAGUACUACUUUGAGUGUCGUACGUCGCAAGAAGAAUGGCUCGGGAUUACAAACCGGGUGACCUGAUCUUUGCGAAGAUGAAGGGCUACCCUCACUGGCCUGCCAGGAUUAAUGACUACUCUGAUGGAGCUGUGAAGCCGGCCAACAUGAAGUUUCCCAUCUUUUUCUUUGGUACCCAUGAAACUGCAUUCCUAGGCCCCAAAGAUAUAUAUCCCUACCUGCCCAAUAAAGAGAAGUAUGCCAAGCCUAACAAGAGAAAGGGCUUCAACGAAGGCCUGUGGGAGGUUGAGAACAACCCAAAGGUGGAGCUGAAUGGAGAGAAGCAAAUGAUGCUGUCGGAUAACGUAACGGAGAAGGACUCUGACAGUAACCCGGAAGGGGACGAGGAGGGAGAUUAUGAGAAGAGGAAGAAACCCAAAGUGUCGGGGGCUGAGAGUGAGGCUGGACAGGAGGAGGAUGAUGAGGAGGAUGGGGGCAUGCAGGUCUCUGAACAGGGACAGCCCCAGGGCCAGGAUGACCCCACACCAAAUGAAUCUACAGACACUCCCAAACCCAAGAGAAGAAGGAAGAAAAAGAGUGAUGUAGAGGCUGACUCUGAGAAAGAGGACGCUGCCAACAGUCCCACAUCCAGCCCUCUAGAUGGAGAGGGCCCCACUCCUAAGAGGCGAGGCAGGAAGACCAAAGCUGAGAAGAUGCUCCUACUCCAGCAGCAGGACCCCCAGGGCUCAGGCAGUGACAUGGACACUGCUGAGUCGGAGAGAAAGAGAAAGAGGACGCCGGAAGACAAGUCCAAGAGAGGAGAGGAGGAGAAGAGGCUGGACGGGAGGAGAAAGAAGGAAGACAACAAAGGGAGAGAGUUGGAGGGGAAGAAGGACCCUGAUGCUAAACGGAGGAGACGGACCAAAGAGGAGAGCUCCUCUGACUCAGAGAACCAGGAGAAGAGCAAGGGGGUUGCGGGAGACCGCAAGCGGCAGCAGCCCACUCUGACCGAGACAGGGGACAAAGACGAUCGUCAACGACGUAAACCAGACGAGCAGAAAGAGCAAAACAAAGAUGAUGGAAACAAAGUGGAUGAAAGGAAAGGAGACAAGAAGAAAGAGAUAUCGAUAGAAUCAAGGCUGCAGAGGUUGCAUGGAGAAAUCAAAAUCUCCCUCAAGAUUGACAACCCAGAUGUGAAGAAGUGUCUGGUGGCGUUGGAUGAGCUGGGCAUGCUGCAGGUCACCACCCAGCACCUGCAGAAACACUCAGAGCUCAUUGCAACACUCAAAAAGAUCCGGAGGUUCAAGGCCAGCCAGGACAUCAUGGACAAGUCCACCAUGCUGUACAACAAGUUUAAGAGCAUGUUUCUGCUGGGGGAGGGGGACCAGCUGCUCAGCCAGGUGCUCAACAAGUCCAUAGCAGAGCAGAAGCAGCAGGAGGAGGCCAGGAAGGGAGCCCAGAAGAAGGCUGAGCGGGCCAGGGAGAACAACACAGAUAACAAUAUGAAUGGCGACUCCAGUCCUGAUGAUAAGAAGCAGGAGUCGGACAAGGAGAAGCCUGCUGAAGAGGCCUCUACAGGUGAUAACAGCAGUGUAGUGAAGGCCCAAGAGGAAACCAACUGAUGAAGAAACAUCUGACUGACUAAACUGAAGGGGAUGUUGGUGCUGCUGACCUGAGUCCUGACUGAUUGACCCACUAGUCCAAACACCACCAAUAAGAGGUCCUGUUGCUUUGACAUGUUGUACAAAUCCAGGCUCUUCUCUGGUCUGAACACCCACAGAGCAGUGUCUUCCAAAGUCCUAUUUUAGAUUUCAUUUAUGAUGAAUGCAUCCACUGUGGCUGUUUUUUAAACUGAUGGUAGUAAAAAGUGGUUCCACAAGGAAAAUAUGUUUAACAAAUUCUUAUUUUCAAUGACAGCCUAGGAAAAGUGGGUUAACUGCCUGUUCAGGGGCAGAACCUUGUCAGCUCGGGGUUUAAAC